GGGGUCGAAGGUCAGUGUUGUUAAUAUUAAUGAAAAAACGUGGUUGGUUGAGUUGGUGGUCGGUUGUAAAGCAGCAUCAACAAUAUGGGAAGAAAAAAGACUAAAAAGAGAGAAGCAAGUGGAGAUGUGGAUAUAGAAAUGGUCAUGAAAAAACCUUUACUUUCUUCUGGUCAUCAGAGUACUCCAGAAGAUAUCUUUAAAUCUCUGCUCCAAGGUUCAAAUCUAACUUUGAGUGAAUUCUUUGCCAAGUACUGGGAACAAAAACCACUAAUCAUAUCAAGAGAACAAAGAAAAACAAAAGAUAAUAACUAUUCUGAAUACUGUUCACUUGCUAUAUUGAAACAAAUAUUAAAUGAAAAUGACUUGAAAUUUGUACACGAUUUAAAUGUUUGUCGGUAUGUGGAUGGACGCCGUGAGGACCUGAAUGGUAAAGGUGUCGUGAAGGUUGGAAAACUUGAAAGCCUAAUAUCGAAGAAGAACGCAACUGUUCAAUUUCAUCAGCCACAGCGUUUCCAGGAUUCUCUUUGGAAGAUUUGUUCAUCCUUAGAGUGCUAUUUUCAGUGCUUGGUUGGUGCAAAUGUUUACAUAACACCUGGAGGAUCGCAGGGAUUGGCCCCUCACUACGAUGAUGUUGAGGUGUUUAUACUUCAGUUGGAAGGUGAGAAGCAUUGGAGAUUGUAUGAACUACCUGAAGAAGAGAGACUACCCAGAAACUACAGCAGAGAUUUGGAUCCUGCCUCACUUAACACACCUACACAUGAUUUUGUUUUGAAGGUUUGAUUACUUCUUUACAACAUUAAUGAUCAGUGGCGGAUCCAGGAUUAGGGGACCCGGGAGGGACUUUUACAGGCAGAGGGCGUAGACCACCCCAAUCCCUUCAUGGUUGGAGUUGAGGUAAGCAGUGGCAUAUCUAGGUGAUGCGCGGAGAGCACACGCCUUUCUAAAAAAUACUCGUGUCUUCCCAAAAAAAAU